GAAAGAAGUCUCAACAUGGAUGAAACGGGAAAAGCAGAGUCUCUUAAUCCCACAAUGCAACGGGCUCGGCGAAGCCUAUUGGUUCCUUGCUCUUCCCUUCGGCGUAGCUUCGGCGCCGGCGGAGAGGUCUCCGUGUGUUCCAAGAUGGCCGCCGUCGCGAGGCUCGGAAGAGUCUGCGGCUACCGCCUGAGUUUUGGGGUCCCUGCGCGCAGAGCAUUCUCGGAAGACUUGCGGACGAAAAGUAAGCCUGAGUUAGCUGUAUCAGCCGUUCCAGUUAAUGAGCCAGUUGUAAUUUGUCCCCUACCGCAAAGCAGAAAAUACCUCCCUCCUGAGGAUCUCCAGAGUCGUGUAGAGUCUCAUGUCCGAGAGAUUUUCGGAUCCUCAGUUGCCAAGGACUGGCAAAAGGCGUCUCUGGGAGACAGCAGUUUAAAGUAUCGCUUGUUGGCGCAGCUGGCAGCAGAUCUGGGGCAUACUGUUCCUAAUUCUCAGCUUCAUCAGAUGAAGAGUGCAGCAGAUGUUGUGGCUUUCUACAGCAUCCCUGUGAAGGACAUAUCAAAGUUUGAUGAAUUAGGCACAGAGGAGCUGCCCCCAAACCUGAGGAUCAAAUGGCAGUACUAAGCCGAUAUGGUGAAUGAAAGUACCAUUCUGCAUUCUUGGCUACAUGGCACAAGAGCGUUGGUUCAGUUAUGACUUUUUCAGAUGCCCUGAUAUUAAUAACUUUCUCCUUAUAAUUGCUUAACAUUACUAGCAAUACUAAACUAUAGAAGCAAAUAAUUGAAGCUUAUUCUUAUUUUUGUGGGGGGAGGGGCUUGAUUAUUUGUUUUGUUUUAUGUAAUCAUUGUUGGAAGAAACAGUGGUCACUGCAAUUAAGCCAAGAGGAGCAGUCUCUCCUGUGUUGCCUACUUUUGUUGUUUGAAGGAAUCUUUGCAUUUAACUCAUCUAUAUGUAAGAUAGUGUUAAAGUAACACUUGAUUUACUGCAAACCACGUUAGGUUUAAGACCUGUGAAAAGCUGUACUCCUCUUUGCCUUUCCUUGUCAGUAAUCUUAUUUGAAAGUGUUAUGGGCACCAGUGCUCUUCUAUUGACAUAAUUUUAUUUUCCAAUGUGUAGCUAUGAAUUAAGAAGGCUAAGCAUCUUCCUUUUUUAAAAAAAAUUACAGUACAUCAAGAAUGCAGUGAAUUUUUUUGUAAGAAAAUAAAGCCAUGGCAAGAACAACU